CUAACGACGUUCAGGGACGAUCAGCCGUUCGACCGGGUUAUUCUCUGCAAUGGUAAACAUUUGUUCGUCACAAAGAAUUGUGUGGAUAUCAUUAACCUGUCUCGACGACUCAGUCGACCCUUCCACAUUUGGAUCGAUGCAAUCUGCAUCAAUCAAGAUGAUACGCUUGAGAAGGGCAAACAAGUGUCACUUAUGUCCGAAAUAUACAGAAAAGCCAUUCAAGUCAACGUCUGGCUAGGC